AUGGCUUUCCGUUUUACGUCCUUAAUCGCGUUCGGUUGUUUGCUGCUCGUUGCCGCUACGCCAAUCAAUGCUGCCGCCAUUGAUAAUUCUGUGGCUGAGCCACGUAUUCGCAAUACGGAUGAGCUGUUGACCACCAUUGUGGAUAAGUGUUUCCAUGCUAAUGGACUGCAUUGCCUUAAAGAGAAAGUGUUGACCUAUUUGGAUGGUGUGGCCGGUGUUGAGGAUGAUAUUAGUGGACGUGCUUUCAGCGAGGAUGUCAUCGAUAAGGUGAUCGUUGAUCGUGUUUCCAGAAUCUUGAACAACAAUGAAUUCCGCCUACGCUUGCCUGAAACCGGAUUCGGCAGCUCAGUGGUUAGCUACAGUGCCGCUCGUGGUUUUGAUGUCGAAGUACCUGAGACUGGAGCUCGCGGUGAAAAGAAGAAGGACAAAUUGAUCCUCCCUCUGUUGCUGUUAAUGAAAUUGAAAUUGAAGGUCGUCCUGCCAAUCCUUAUGGGCUUGAUUGGACUCAAAGCAUUCAAGGCUUUGAUUUUGUCGAAAAUCGCCAUCAAAUUGGUACUUGGCUUCCUCAUCUACAACUUGAUCACCAAAUUGUCGGGCGCUAAGAUGAUGAUGAUGCCCGCACCCAUGCCAGCGCCUGAAUAUGGUCCACCCAGCACCACUGCCUCCUCAUACGAUCCAAGCAGCUGGGAACCAGCUAGCGGCGGCCCAUAUGCCCGUUGGGACUCACAGAAUCUAGCCUACAGCUCAUAUCAUCCCAGCUCUAGCUCGUACAAUUCCGGCUCCAGCUCAACUGGCUCAUCAUCCAGCUACAGCUCAUCGUCGUAA